AUGGACCCGCGGGCAGACGCCUGCAAAUCGUCAGAGGCGGGCAUGGACGAGCUCUUCAAGAGCGACCAGUUCCGCAUGGAAUGCAUGAAGGUCCUCCCCUGCACCAAGCACUUUGUGCACGACUGGACAGAGUGCCCCUAUGCGCACCCACACGAGAAGGCGCGGCGCCGCGACCCGCGCCGCUACACCUACACAGGCAUCGCCUGCCCCUCCAUGCGCCAGGAUGGAAGCUGCACGCUGGCAGACAACUGCCCAUACUCCCACAACGUGUUUGAGUACUGGCUGCACCCCACCAGGCACGCGAGGCGGCACGCAGCACCGCGGCAGGCCUUGUACCGCACGCAGCUCUGCAACGACGGCACCACCUGCACCCGCAAGCUCUGCUUCUUCGCCCACAACUUGGACGAGCUGCGCACCCCAGACACCAAGCCGUUUGUGCCGGCAGAGGCCGUGCUUGCGGCCGCGGCCGCCGCGGCAGCAGCCAGCGGCCCAGCGACGAUGUUCGACGCGCCGCCGCCGGCGGCGCACUCCCCGCUGCAGUCCCCGCGCCAGUCGUUUGACGCCGCGGCGCAGCAGGCGCAGGCGCAGCAGCAGGCGCAGGCGGCGCAGCUGACCAGCCCGCAGGGGCAGGAGCACCCUUUGGUGGAGGUCAUGACGCGCCUGGUCGCGCGCGGCAAGGUCACCCCGGAAAAGUCUGCGGCCAUCCUGCAGCAGGUGCUGUCCCCCGGCGCGCUGCAGGACCUGCGCGGCGUGGCGAUGGCGGAGCGCGUGUGCCUCAGUGACCCGGGCUGGGCGCGCGCCGACCUCUCCCCGCGCGCCGCCACGGCCGCCGCCGCGGCCGCGCCCGCCGCGCAGCCGGGCGUGCCUGGCGUGCGGUACAGCGCCGACUGCGCGGCGCCCCGCUGCGCCGCACCGGAGCAUGGCCCCAGCGUGGCGGAGCAGCGCCUGGCGCUGCUGCAGGGCGUGCUGCACGAGGCGCAGGCGCGCGCCGCGCUCGGCCUGCCCGCCACCGCCGCCGACGCCCUGCUGGCGCCAGCUGGACCGCAUGGGCUGGACCGCAUGGCCAGCGGCAGCGCCCGCUCAAGCAUCGACACAGUGCGCGCCAGCUUUGACGCCGCCCCGCCGCGCACCAGCUUCGACUCCCCGCACCUGGCUGCCCUGGGCCCCGCCUCGAGGCACAGCUGGGAUACCUCGUACACCACCAGGGUGCAGCAGCAGCUGCUGCUGGACGCCCUGCACCAGCAGCAGCAGCUGCAGCAGCAGCAGGCGGCGGCCCUGGCCGCGGCCGCCGGCAGCAGCUUCUGGGCGGCCGGCGGCGACAGCCGCAGCCUGGACAGCCAGCGCAGCGCGGCGCACAGCGCCAGGCACAGCAUGGAGAGCAGGCCCAGCGUGGACAGCGCGCCGCCGCACCUGCACCAGCUGCAGGAGCUGCACCAUGCCAGCCAGGGCCUGGCCAGGAUGAGCCUGGAUGAGCCCGCCCCCAGGAUGGAUGUCUUCUCCUCUGGCUUCUACGCCCCCGCCCCAACAGAGCUGCUCGCCAGCUCCCAGCCUCUCAACGCAUCCGAGCGCGCUCAGCUGAUGCACCCCCAGCCGCGCCGCUCCGCCUAG